AUGACGACGACAACAGGGGAUCCGUCGAGUCUAAAGAGCCCGCCGUCCCUGUCAAGCGGCGACCUCGUGACUCGGUUUUUGGCAGCAACUCCACCCUACCUCUACAACGUCCCCCUGACCCCCCACAGCUUCUUCUUCAGCGAGAUGCUGCGAUCGUUCGUACAGGCAAAGGCGGAAGCGUCGCCGGUGCCCACGGGCUCGACUCCAUCCAGGCGUCGCAAACGUUCUUGGCGAGAAGUCCGGGAACGUCCCCUGGAACUCACGACCAAGGAGAGACCCCAUCAUCAACGAGACGAGUACCAGCUUCAGCCCCGACAAGAUGGUCACGAGAACCGAAAACGAGAGUGCUUACCGGAGGUGGAAGCGAAGGUCCAUGCGGAGAGUUUCGAACAGAAGCCGGCCCUCGACGUGGACGUGCUGAAGCCUGUAGACGAGAAUCGCGCGGAAUUCAUCAGGCACAGCAGAAGCUACUUCGACGACAGACAAUCUCACUUCCGGCUGGACCAGGCCGUCCAAGAAACCGGAAUCUACCAGGGAGAUCCGCGGAAGUUGAAGCCCGAGGAGCCGCCUCCUGGAGAACGGAAGUCCUCGUGCACCGAAAGACCCGAGUUCGAGGAAAGGGCCAGGGCCAACAGUGACCUUGGAUUUUUGCCUGAUCAGAAGCAAGGAAAGCUGGACUUUGCAUCGAGGAACUUCUUGGGGGCUCGAGGGGACGAAAUACCUCCGGGAUCCUUGAAGAACUUCGGACUUCCGGCCAACGUGCCCAAUCCAGAAUUCCUGCCGAAUCCGCUCUGGUAUCCUCCCUACCACAUGUCGCAGUCUUAUUCCGGGAUCGAUCCAAUGCACUUCUUCAUUGACCUUCACGUCUCGGGCCACAUUUGGGACCGAAAACUGAACGAAAGGCAACUUCCGUUCAAGAGCAAGCAUAGCUCCGCUUUCAGCGUGCCCCAGUCGAAGGAGUACAAUCGACCCCUCAACCUCACCAGAGACGAGGCCACCACCUCUAGGGGUGGCGAAGAGAACUCCAAGGGCACACAUUAUAUCUUAAAAAAUCUUACGAGGACUUACAAGGAUAUCAGGGAUGCCGAGAAACUGACCAGGACGGACCGCGAUGGUGAGCAGGACGAAGAGGACAGACGCAGUGAUUCCGAAGCGAACGAAUCGCUCGAGAAGGAGGGGGUCUCGUCGUCCAGUCAGGCCGACGAAAAGAGGGACCUACGAGCUCUAAUCGACCUCGAGUUGGUCGUCGAUUACGUGAAAGAGCCGAAAAGCGAUCACCUCUCGUCGAAGCAAACACCGCAAAUAACGGAGUAAUCUCCGAAACGAGAGGCGGCGUCAGUUUCCGCCAUCUCUGUAAAAUAGAUGCUAGCAUUGAUAUCUCCGUAGGGACUUCGCAGUCCUUCCGUCACCUUGAAGAUACACUUUGAACGACGCCAUUGCUAGCCACCUGGACCGUGUCGCAAGGUGACUCGUCAAGCGAGAUAAAUCCGAAGUACUCUACAGGAAUCUACUAGGAAGUAAGGAAUAAACGAUUAUACGCGCCCCGGAAGAGG